AUGGCGCCGCCAGUGAAGGAGGAAGAGGAGCACAAGAGGCGGAGAAGAAUCCGCGCGACGACACCGCCGCGCGACGAGCUGGCCGAGAUGAUGGUGGGGCUCGCCAUCGGUGAGCGGAAGGCCGCCGCGGCGGUGUCGCAGUUCCGGGAGCAGGAAGUGGCCGCUGGGGCUGCAAUAGCGCGGUUCCGGAGGGAGGAAGCGGCGGCCGCCGGGGCCUCAAUGGCGCGGUUCCGGGAGGAGGAAGCGGCGGCCGCCGCGGCCGCGGUGGGUCCCUUCUUCCCGGGGUUUCUUGGGCACCGCAAUAUGGACCCGUACGCGAUUGCGCCAGCGCAGCUGCCGCCUGUGGGCGCGGUGCGGGAGGCCGGUCCGUCACUGCCGCUGUACCCGCCGCCGGUGCAGGUGCCUCCCCGGGACCGCGGCAUGCUCGACGCGCGGCGCUUCCCGGUAGGUCACGCCCGCCGCGGCGAGGUUCUUGGCCCUAGGAUCAACGAGCAAUGCGCGGGCAUGCUCCCGCCGCGCGCCGCCUCUGCCGCUCGCGGCGUUAUCCCUGGCGACUACUCGUACAUGCCGCCGCCGCUGCCACAGCCGUUCCUGCAUGGUGGAGCCGCGGCUGUCAACCCGCAGGCGAUAGACCCCGACUUGUUUCUUCCCGAGCACGAGCAAGCGGUGCUCCUCGCGCUGUCCCAGCAAACCCCUGAGAAGAUCGUCUCGUACUCCUGCGACCUCAUGCAGCGCAGACAUGGGCAGCGGCUGUUCCGUCUCGUCCUCAGGCACUGCAACCACGAGCUCCGGGAAUGGGUUGUCGCUACAAUCACGCGAGACAAAAAGAGUUUCUGGAGUAUUUGUGCCCAGAGGUCCGAUGAAGUGGUUUUCCUGAUCAAGUCUUGUGAGACCCGGAGGUCAAUGCAGCUUCUGAGAGAUGCCAUGGUGUCAUGGAUGGAGCCUAAUCUAAUGCAGGUCCUCAUGGCGGAUUCAAAUAGACUCAGGGUGGUGCAAGCCUUCAUACUGAGCUCUCCUCCGGAUAUUGCUCAGAUCAUUUUUGAAGCUGUCGCUAAGAACUGUACAAGACUUGCAUGUCAACCAAAUGGGUUGAACAUGCUGCAAAAAUGCCUUGAGCACAUCUCCCGGAAGGAAAAGGAUAAUAUUUUUACAAAAAUAUCAUAUAUGAGCUUUCAUCUUGCUCAAAAUUCUAGCGGAAACUACAUUGUUCAGGAUGUUCUGAAAAAGGGAGACCCCUCCCACUUUGCGAUUAUCGCUUCCUGCCUCAGAAAUCAUUAUGUGAGACUCUCAAAACAAAAGUAUAGCAGUAGAGUGGUGGAAUGGUGUCUAAGAGUAUUUGAUGAAGGAGAGCAAUUCGUCAUUAUAAAUGAAUUGAUUUGCUAUCCUCACUUCAGAGAUUUGGUGACAGACGAGUUUGCUAAUUUUGUUCUCUCUACUGCUCUUCGAACCUGCAAUUUUUCUCUUAAAAGAAUGCUGGCCAAUGCCAUCCUUGCCCAAAAUAUAAAUCAGCGUAAUCAACAUUGUGCGAAGAUCUUUGACAUACUAGCCAAUAUGGGUAUAUACAAUGAAAAGUUUUGAGAUAAACAAUACUCUGACACCUUCUCAAGACAUUACAUUGAUUGAUAUUACAUUGAUAUUCAGACAUUUGGGCAGGGAUUCAGACAUUUAGGCAUGGAUUCAGAAGUAGCCAAGGUUGUGAUUCGAGCUCUGGUUGCUACUUCUCCUGUGGGCAUCAUUUGCUUUUGUAGAGUACUAGUUGUACUUUUGGUUGUCUGGAGAUGUUGUGAAGUAGAUACUAAGAACCUUAGUUCCUGUUGUUAGAAUCGUCUUGUGUGUGUGGAUUGUGGUGUGUUAUUGUCUUGAGGUUCACUCUUUUGUGUCAGUGUUAGUAAUCUCCA